CAACCCUCUCAAGACUCUCCUCUCUCUCUCUCUCUCUGCAAGUUCUUCCCCUUUCCCUUCCUCCCCUUUUUCCCGAUCGCAAAAAGUCGAAGUAGUUGGUCUUACAGACGGUGGGCGACGAGAUCUCCGCAGAUCUGGGGUUCGAUAUAGAUUAAAUGUUUUAUGUUACGACUGGAGUUGCAUCUGUUGGAGUUCAAUUUUCUCGAACUUGUUUGAUGGAUAAUGAUUAUUCCGAUGAGUAAUAGUUCGGAUCAAUUGCUGAGGGAACGUGUUCAACGACUUUACAACAAGAAUGUUGAGUUGGAGAAUAGGCGUCGGAAAGCGGCACAAGCUAGAAUUCCCUCAGAUCCCAAUGCAUGGCAACAGAUGCGAGAAAAUUAUGAAGCUAUCCUUCUAGAGGAUCAUGCUUUCUCUGAACAAAAUGAAAUAGAAUAUGCUUUGUGGCAGUUGCAUUAUAAAAGAAUCGAGGAGCUACGUGCACACUUCAAUGCUGCUCUAUCAUCAGCAGGAUCAUCUGCGCAGAAUGGGAAAGGUCCCACGCGACAAGGGCCUGAUCGAGUCACAAAACUGCGUUCCCAGUUUAAGACAUUUCUAUCCGAGGCAACUGGAUUUUAUCAUGAUUUGAUGGUGAAAAUUAGGGCAAAGUAUAGUCUACCACUUGGGUAUGUUGCAGAUAGUCCAGAGAGUUAUAUUGCAUUAUCUAAAGAUGGAAAUAAAUCUGCUGACGUGAAGAAAGGUUUGAUUUCCUGUCACCGCUGUUUGAUUUACCUUGGGGAUCUUGCCCGUUAUAAAGGCAUAUAUGGGGAAGGUGAUUCCAAAACCCGGGAUUUUGCUGCAGCAUCCAGUUAUUAUAUGCAAGCAUCUUCACUUUGGCCUUCCAGUGGCAACCCUCAUCAUCAGCUUGCAAUACUGGCAUCUUAUUCAGGGGAUGAACUGGUAGCAGUCUACCGAUAUUUUCGAAGCCUGGCAGUUGAUAAUCCUUUUACUACUGCAAGGGACAACUUGAUCAUUGCAUUUGAGAAGAAUCGUCAGAGUUACUCGCAGCUACUUGGUGAUGUCAAAGCUUCCUCUGCUAAGAAGGCACCUGUGAAGAUGACUGGGAAAGGACGAGGGAAAGGUGAAACAAGGCUUCCUGCAAAAGAUAAUGGAGUAGAAGCAAGUCUUGUCAAGGAAAAAACAUCUGGUAUACCUGAAAUUUUUAAAGCCUUCAACAUUUGUUUUGUCCGACUAAAUGGCAUCCUGUUCACACGAACAAGCUUGGAGACAUUUGGGGAAGUUUUCUCUUUGGUUAAAAGUGAUUUGCUUGAGCUUCUUUCUUCUGGGCCAGAAGAGGAGUACAAUUUAGGUUCUGACACUGCUGAGUGUGGACUGGUGAUUGUUAGGCUGAUAGCAAUCCUCAUAUUCACCAUUCACAAUGUGAAUAGAGAAACUGAAAAUCAGUCAUAUGCUGAAAUUUUGCAACGCACAGUUCUGCUUCAGAAUGCAUUUACUACUAUUUUUGAGCUUAUGGGGCAUGUGAUUGAGAGAUGCAUCCAGUUGAAUGAUCCUUCAGAAAGCUAUCUAUUACCUGGCAUUAUGGUUUUUGUUGAGUGGUUGGCCUGUCGUCAAGACAUUGCACUUGGCCGGGAGCUGGAGGAGAAACAAUCUAGUGCUAGAUCAUUCUUUUGGAACCAUUGCAUUUUGUUUUUCAACAAGCUCCUGUUGAGUGGGUUCAUGGCUGUUGAUGAGGAUGGAGAUGAAACAUGUUUUUUCAAUAUGAGCAGUUAUGAUGAAGGUGAGACUGCCAAUCGGCUUGCAUUACCCGAGGACGUUGAAUUGCGGGGAUUUCUUCCUCUGCUCCCUGCCCAACUCAUUCUUGAUUUUUCAAGAAAGCAUUCUUUGGGGAGUGACGGUGGCAAUAAGGAGAAAAAAGCCCGUAUUCAGAGGAUUAUAGCAGCUGGAAAGGCUCUUGUUAAUGUAGUGCACACUGGUCAACAAGGAAUUCAUUUUGAUACAAAGUCGAAGAGAUUUGUGAUUGGUAUUGAGCCUCAGAUUUCUGAUGAUUAUUUGUUCACCAGCUCGUUGGAAACUCCCAUAUUAGAUGGUGUUAUGCCAGAGAAUCCAGUUGAGAAUCAAAUGAGACUGGGGAUCUUGAAGCCAAAGGCUGAGUUGUAUCUAGAAGGUGAAGAAGAGGAUGAGGUGAUUGUUUUCAAGCCAUCUUUGAAUGAAAAGCAUGGUAGUAAUGGGAUCGCUUCAAAUAUGACUUCAUCUGAAUCUCUUGCAUCUGGUGUUAGUGCUUCCAAAGUUGAUCUGGGAAAUGAAGUUGGAACCUUCUCCAACUCAAAUGAAGGUUUCCUUGUGCAGGAUCCUUUUAAUACAGAUGUGUGGCCACCUGCGCCUGUCUCUAAUGUCACAGCCCAGUCUUUGCAACCAAUCCAGCCCACUACUUCAAAGUGGCGGAUAGAACAAGAAGGUUCCAUUGUGAAUGGAUUGGGCAAUUUACAUUUCUUGGAGAAUGGCCUUCCUUUGAAACCUGAGUUGCAAGGUCAUAUAGGAGUUUUCCCGCCUGCUUCUUUUUGUGUUCCCUUUCCUCGGUCUGCCAAUGUCGCUGCUAGCAAUGGUCAAUCUCUUCUGGCGCCAGAAACUGUUGUGUCAUCAAAGUUUGAUUCAGUUGUUAGUUCAGGAGCUGGUGUGGAUAGCUUGUCUUUCAAGCCUUUGCCUGCUAUUUCAGCAGGCUUAAAGAAAAAUCCUGUGAGUCGACCUGUUAGACACUUUGGUCCCCCACCUGGGUUUGGCUCUACUCCUCCCAAAGUCGUGGAUGAAUUAUUGUCUGGUAUAACUUUGAAGAAUGAAAAUCCACAAAUGGAUGAUUAUAGCUGGCUAGAUGGAUAUCAGUUGCCAUCAUCUACUCAAAGUGUUGGAUAUAACAAUCCCAUUAAUCACUCAGUGGAGACAUACCACCCUGUGAGCAAAAGCAAUAGCUCGAUGGGGAUGGUAAGCUUUCCCUUCCCUGGGAAACAAAUUUCGGCAUUGCAAGUACAAACAGAAAACCAGAGAGACCUGCAGCCUUAUCAGUUUUCUGAGGACCUGAAACUGUACCUGGAGCGGCAGCAGCAAGUUCAGAAAGGUAAUCAGCAGUCUGCUGCGCUGCCACAGCACUAUCAAGGGCAGUCUCACUGGGAAGGCCGUUUCUUUGUGUGAGAUGAUUAUGGCUGAUAGAUGGUUUUGAAGAAUUCACUGUGGCGAGCGUCUGAUGGCCUGGUGCAACCAGUUCAACCAUCGUAUUUGGAGUGUGGCCAAUGUUAUUAAGUUUUUGUUCGAGCAUGGAUGGUCUUGCAGUGUUGCAGGCACUUGCAGUUGAACAGCUUGUGCCGACACUGGAUGAAUCGACAUUGCAGGAAAUGAGAAUUCUCUGAGGUCAAAUACCCUGUUUGGUUGGAUGGAUUGGAAGUAAACCAUACGGAGAUUCUGGAGGUGUACCAUGGGCAAAUAUAUGAAGCUGGAUGGAGUUAGACAGAGUCACAAAAGUACUAGCAAUUCUACUUGACUGACAAAAGGUAUCUGUCAGAAGAGGAAUCUUUAGUGGUUGCCUUACUCGCCAUGUUCUGCAGUUUCUUGCAGUUGUAUGUUAAAGUUAGAUAUUGUUAUGAUGGCAGUUUUCCAUGUUCUGCCUUCAAGGUUUAUGAGGUGGAAGUUUUAAAAAACUAUGUUGGAAAAGAUUAGGUUAUUGUGGGGAAUUAAAUGUGGCUGUUGGGUGGAAAUAAAUGUGCGAUUACGUACGCACAUGAAGAGUAUUUCAGCCUCUUUAUAGACUAAUUGCUAUUGUGAUGUUCUACUUUGUCAUUUGGACUUGGGAAGUUGUCUGUCUUGUGUUCCAAAUAUUAUUGAGCUUUGUGUGAGUGACAAAAACUUCAAUUCAGCUUUCCUCUGUCUCAGAAGGCACAUGUUUUUUUUUGGCACAUGGUUUUGUUCCUCUUUUCAUUGAUGCUUGCUUAAAAGUAAGUUCUAUUUGUAUGGGAUUGCCAAUCUG